UAAUCCAAACCUAUUUUAGGUCGGGUCGGGUAAGAUGGAAUACCCGAAAAUACUGGAUCCUUUUGCCAUCCCUAAUCCUGAUAGCUUCUUCUGGUGAUCGAAUUUGAAGUAAUAGCAAAAGCAGCGAUCUUUGUUCAGUUAUGGCCCAGACUGAAACGGGUAAGGAGACUGCGAGAGAGAUCCCCAAGAUGAAGCCAAGACCAAUCGUGCUUCUUGGGAUCUUCCUCAUCUCUCACUGCUUCCUUGUUAGUGUAGUUUGUUGUACGGCGGGGGUUUUAGCUCUUUUACUACUGCCCGUGCUCGCUAAGAACACAUACAUUUCCGAAAAUGCCCUCAUGCCUGGUUCUGCAAGUUCUAUGCUGUCUAAUCAUGACAUUUCGGAGGCAAAUAGAUUGGCGAAGGACUUAAGUGGCUUGAAUUUGGGACUCGAGGACACAGGCAUAGAAAGUCGAAGGAUCCUGGCAAGAUAUCUUUCAGAUUUGGGUGCCGAAGUUAGUUAUCACAAGUUCCUUUCACAGCAGAAUCAUUUACAUCCACUGCAUUUCUUCUCUAGCCCUGAUGGGUUGAUGAGAGAGAACUUUAGUUGUUCAAGUUAUGGUGUCAACACUGUUGGAAUAAUAAGAGCACCUCGUGGUGAUGGUAAGGAAGCUAUUGUCUUUGUGACACCUUACAAUUUUGGAAAGAGUGACUUGAGUGAAACUUUAUCUUUGAGCAUUGCAUACUCUGUUUUUUCCUUGCUUACCCAAGUUACAUGGCUUGCCAAGGAUAUUAUUUGGCUGAUUGCUGAUUCACAAUAUGGCGAAUAUGACUCUGUUGCUGCUUGGCUAAGAGAUUAUCAUACACCGUCAUUUACUGGUUUAGUUUCCUCAAAUGUUGAUGCAUGCGUUGUAGGCAAUAAUCUUGAGAUAUCAAAUGAUAAUUCUGUUGUGCAAGGAAAGAUAUCUGAUGGUUUUAGACGUGCUGGGACAAUGGCUGCUGCCCUGGUUUUGAAGGUUACAGAUGGAAAUGAACAGUGGGAUGACACUCUUGGUAUAUAUGCUGAGGCAUCCAAUGGGCAGAUGCCAAAUCUAGAUCUCAUCAAUAUUGUGAAUUAUUUAGCUGUACAUAGGCAAGGUUUACGUGUAAAGGUUCAGAAGUUUUGGUCUUUACUUGAUUUAAAAUGGCUUGAGUUUUUGGGAAAAACAUUUGAGUUACUAGGGAAACUGGCUAGAAGUUUAAAUCCUGACUGGAAAUUCGGUAUCCCAGCUUCAGAUUAUAUUGAAGGCACUGCUACACUUGCAAGUUCAUUGUAUUUCCAGGCACUAGGUAUUCCCACAGGUCCUCAUGGUGCUUUCCGUGAUUUUCAAGUUGAUGCAAUUACCUUGGAGAUCUCACCCAAAGUUUCUUCUUCUAGCAAGGCCAAGCUUAAUGAAUUUGUUCUGCGAGGUGGCAGGUUGAUUGAAGGAGUUAUAAGAUCCGUGAAUAAUCUCCUCGAAAAGUUUCACCAGUCAUUUUUUCUUUACCUACUAACAUCUCCUAGUAAGUUUGUGUCAGUUGGAGUCUACAUGAUUGCUUUUGCACUCCUUGUAGCUCCACUGCCCCUGGUUGCUGCAUCCCUUUAUGCUGAUGCAAAUAAAUUGGAUUUUGGCAUGAAAUUCGACAAAUCUACUCCUGUAGCUACUGCAUCAAGUGAGAGAGACAUCACUUUUAGGUCAUGGAAAUGGCUUAGCGCAGCAAAAGAAGUUUUUGUUAUUCAUAUGUGGGGUGUUGUAGUUUUGUUGCUUCCAUAUUUGAUUUCUCAAAUACCAGAUUUGAGCCCAACAGCCAGUUUUGUUUCCUGGGUAUUGCUUUCGAUGCUAAGCCUUCUUAUCUUGUACCUGAUCUUGGGUUCACCAUUUUCUCAUUCCCAUGCAUCUCUGAAAGGAGACUGGGCUAUGUUAAAAUCAGCAACCAUUUCAGCUGUUUUCAUCGGUUUGCUGCUCAUGUCAGUUGUUAAUUUUGCUACAGCAGAAAUUGGGGCAUUGCUAAUGGUACCAUUGUGUUUGAUGGCUCAGCCAUUGAAACUUGACAUUAGAGCUGCAAGUUUGAGGAGUUUCUUCAGGGUUAGUUGUACCCUGAUCUUGGGUUUCAUUGCAUUUCCGCCGGUCGCAUUCUUUACAUCCAAAGCUGUAUUUGAAGGUCCUGACAGCAUUAACCUUGGUGACUUCUGGAAUUGGAUGGAGUCCCUCAGGGCUUGGAACAGUGCUACUUAUGUGUAUAUAGGUAUGGUCCACUUACCAUGUUGGAUGUUAUGCAUACACAUUUUAUUUCAUUCUUGCUGACAUGUUUUCUCUGUUUUAUCUGUUACAUACUUCUGAGCAAAAGAUGGAAAUCAGUAGAUUAAAGAGAAUUUUCCUUUCCUGUUCUUGUCAUCUCUAAAUUGCUUACUAGUAAUUGAUUUAGAGAUUGGAGGUUGUGUUUCUCCCUUUAUUGUUGUUAUUUUAUGAUUACUAUUCCUUGAGAUUUUAAAAAAUCUACUAAUUAGUCCUUAUGUUAGCUUUAAUUGUGAAGUGUUUUACUAUUUAGUCCUUAUAAAAAACUCAUUAGUUGAUCCUUUA